CUUCCUUUGCCAUCAAUCACACACUCUCUCUCUAUACUCAGUCAUUCCUUUCCCCCUAGCUAUCUUUCUUUCUUUUUCAUGUUAAUAUCGGUGAUACACAACAGAAUAUCUACUCGUUUGCUUUAGCGCAUUGUCGAUUGAUGGACUCUUGAAGGAACACGUCUGCAUCUUGAAUAUACCCAUUAUCGCGUACUGUUGAAUGUCUUAAAGCGAACGGCUUGGUUCGAACAUUGUUUCCCAUUAUUCCAAACGACUGGAUCGUUUUGAGUCGCCUUGUCGAUCUGAUUGCGCAAUCAGACCCCCGUUUAUACCAGUGCCCACUGUAUGAAGCACUGGCUCUCCCCAGCGUCUUCGCACAAACUCAUACCUGACACGAACAUCCUCACGAUAUGUUGCUCACUGACAAGGACACUCGGCCUUCUCCUGCGAUCCAUGAUAUUCCCCUCGAUGACCUAGAGUCAGGCCCCUAUGGAGGCAAGUCGUCCUUCAACUGGACGAAUCUAUCCGACUACACCCCCUCCCAUGUGCUCGCACGUCCUGAUCGGCUGUCUUCACACGUACAGCACGUCUCAGAUCACUGGCAGGAAUAUUUAGAUCGUUGGCUUAAAAGAUUGGGCAUCGCCCUCACACCGAGCUAUCUGCAACAUCUGGUGGGUGGGGAGCCUCCCCAGCCCACGAAACCCCAUGCGAUCGCGGCGCUGGAUGGCUUGAGAGGCUGGGCCUGUCUGCUGGUCUUCAAUUUUCAUUUUCUCUUCACCUACACAUGGAAAGUCGCAGUGGGGUGGGGUUUCAAUAACGAGAACUAUGGGAUCCUUCACCUUCCCAUCGUUCACCUACUGGUCUCCGGCCACAUCAUGGUUGCUAUCUUCUUUGUGAUUUCGGGAUAUGUGCUAUCCUACAAGCCUCUGAAGAUUAUCCGUACUCGCUCUUGGGAGCAAACUUUGGCGACUUUGGCGUCCUCGACCUUUCGUCGCGGUCUCCGACUGUACAUCCCCUCUAUUGUCGGUAUCGUUCUGGUCUUUGUCGCAGUGCGUCUCGGCGUCUACAACUACUCGCUUAGAGUCCUCAAUGAAGGGCACACCAUCCUCGGCACGAACGAGCAGCAUCCUCCUCUGAUGAAGUCCUUUACCAAGCAAUUCUGGGACAUGUACCUCACGGCGGUGCACCUCAUGGACCCCUGGAACUGGGCGCUAUACUACAACUAUUACAACCCACACCUGUGGACGAUUCCAGUGGAGUUCCGGUGCUCGAUUGUCCUCUUCCUCACCAUCAUCGCAACCUCGCGCGUCACAGCGGUUGCUCGCCUCUCCCUGGUUAGCGGCCUAGUCUGGUUCUGUAUGCGCUGGGGCCGGUGGGACGUCGUCCUGUUCCUGUCUGGCAUGCUCAUGGCUGAAGCUGAUCUGAUCAACGGUACAUGGGAGCGCCCAUCCGCAGACCAAAAGCCCAUGCACCGCAUCCGUUCCACCCUCUCCCGUGUCUCAAGCCGCAAAUUCUGGAUUGCCCUCUUCAUCUUCGGCCUCUAUCUCGGCUCCGCUCCGAACACAGGCUACAAGUGGACCCCGUUCUACAUGUGGACCUGGAGAAUCACCCCUAAGACCUAUCCCGAACCCCACCGCUUCCCGCAGACGCUCGGCGCAGUCCUGAUCGUCUUCAGCAUAAACCACUCCAAGGAUAUCCAGAAACUCUUUGUUAACCCCCUAUCGCAAUAUCUAGGCAAGAUAUCCUUUGCCUUUUAUAUCGUCCACGGCCCUAUCCUCCAUUCCCUGGGCUACUCGCUUAUGCCGAAUAUCUGGAAAGUCACCGGCAAGGAGACAGAUUUCCAGUACUGCCUGGGCUUCUUGAUCGGGUGGCUCAUUUGCUUGCCCGUUUCCCUCUGGGCUGGCGAUGUCUUCUGGCGCGCCGUCGACAUCCCGAGCGUCAAAUUCGCCCGGUGGGUGGAAGAUAAAGUGCUUGUCAAGAUGACCGGGCAGCAAAAUUCAACGCCGAACGCACAUAUUCACUAAGCACGUCAAUACUGUCUCCGAAUCUAGCAACGAAUCAGCUGUUGGGUGUUAACGGCAAUUGGCAUUUUCAAUUCUCGAACCGCUCGGUCUGCUUUUUCCCUUUUGCACUGUACAUAUUACAUGCCUACCUGGAGUAGAAGUAAAUAGACUUAGAUUGGAGGAAUCUCUAUAUACCCUCUUGAAUUUUUGCCUCACAUGAGCGCUCACCCUGUUACAGUCAAGCUCUGUAUGUUUUCUCUGAUUUAAUUC